CGGUCGCCAUGUUUCCUUUACCAGCUGUCUAGAUGUGUGCUAGCUAACCUGUUAGCUGUCUGAGGUACAUUUGCCUCUUUAUUCGGGGUAAAAUUAACGACAGGCCCCGCCACCCCGUCAACACCGGCUCUGGAAGUCGCAAUGCCGGUUCACUCCCGGGAGAAGAAAGAAAGUAACCACGAAGAAAUGGAGGUGGAUUUUCCCGAGCAGGACGGCAGUAGCACAGACGAGGAGGACACCGUUAGCUCGUCUGUGUCUGAAGAUGGAGACAGCUCGGAGAUGGAUGAUGAGGACUGUGAGAGGCGGAGGAUGGAGUGCCUGGAUGAGAUGACCACCCUGGAGAAACAGUUCACUGACUUGAAGGAGCAGUUGUACAAGGAGCGUCUGAGCCAGGUUGACAUCAAGCUUCAAGAAGUAAUGGCUGGCUGUGCCCAAGAGUACCUGGAACCUUUAGCCAACUUGCAGGAGAACAUGCAGAUCAGGACCAAAGUUGCUGGGAUCUACAGGGAGCUGUGCUUGGAGUCCGUGAAGAACAAGUAUGAGUGUGAGAUCCAAGCUGCCUGCCAACACUGGGAGAGUGAGAAGCUGCUGCUGUUUGACACUGUGCAGAGUGAACUGGAGGAGAAGAUCAGAAGAUUGGAGGAAGACAGACACAGUAUUGACAUUACCUCAGAGUUGUGGAAUGAUGGAUUGCACUCACGGAAAAACAAGAAGAAAGACCCAUUCUGUCCUGUCAAGAAGAAGAAGCCUGUUGUUGUUUCUGGACCUUAUAUUGUUUACAUGCUGCAAGAUCUUGAUAUUCUUGAGGACUGGACCGCAAUAAGAAAGGCGAUGGCAUCACUGGGGCCACACAGGGUGAAGGUGGAUGUUCCUGCAGUCAAGCCUGACAGACAUCACCAUGUGGCGCGCUCGGAGGACGGUCGACUUUUCUAUGACAACCAGUGGUACUGCAGGGGACAGGCCAUCUGUGUCAACAGGAAGGAUGAGUACCCGACUAGUGCCAUCAUCACCACCGUCAACAACGAUGAGGUGUGGUUCAAACGACUGGAUGGCACCAAGUCUAAGCUGUACAUCUCCCAGCUGCAGAAAGGCAAAUACACUAUCAAGCACUCGUAAAAACACACAUUCUCGCUCUCUCUCUCAUACACACACACACGCGCAUAUAUACAGGCAAAGACCAUCAUCUCUGCUGUUUCUUUUUGUCUCCUUUCUGUGUGGUAUCUUUCUACAUUCUUGCCAUAUGUACAGGCCCACACCUCACUUCACUCCCUUUAGUGUAUAAGGAACAAAAGAAACUAAAUCAACUGACUCUUCAAGUCUAAGGAGACGAUCUUCUCUGUAAAUAUGUAUGUAUGUUGAUAUUAUUGACAAGGUCACAAAGUGUCAUUUUCUCUGGAACGGAGAUCAAUGCAAAGUGCUGCUACAAAACCGAAGGGCGAAAGGACCAGAGCAGUAGUGAACUGUGAACUGCGGAGCGGAGUCGCGUGCCUUUCUGAGACAAGACAAUGCCUAGGCUUAUGCGUGGCGGUAGGGGCGGAGUCCUGAACUAUUAAUAUCAAUGCAGUGAAGCCUUACUUUGUACUGUGUUCGCACCAAGAGGACUGAAACGGGUCAAUGAAUGAUUGUGUGAGAAACCCAGAUCCAGGUGAGGAUGCCGUCCGUUUGAUUUGCCUCUUUGGACCACCGGUUAGAUUACAUCUGUAUUAGGAUCGCUAGGGACGCCAGUCUGAAAAAUAAAAAAAUUUAGUGAAAACAAAAUUGCACAAGUGUCAAUAUGGAGAUGGAGAAUGAUUAAUCAAUUUUGAGUAAAUUAUUACAUUGUGAACGUAAUGAGAUAACUAUUCUUCAAGAACACCCUAGGGUUUUGUUGAAAGUCACUUGGGGAGUUACUGUACUAAUUGACGUCUUGAUGUUUUAGUGUUAUUUUCACAGCACUAUGAGAAGUUCAAACCAAGGCCGGCCCCAUGGGCUAAGCAAAGGUUUAGAUCUGUAUUUUCAGCAGACAGUAAUGGGAGGGGCCCUGUAUAUAGAGAUGAGGGUGUGUUUUGUGUUUACUUCACUGUGAUCCUUCCCUCUGUCUCCCGUCAUGUUGCCAUGUGUCUUAUAGUGCCUAGAACUUAACAAUGCAGGAAGGCUUAAGUUGCUCUACUCCACAGGUGCAGAUUGCGUCUUUGUCUGUGGUGGGCUCACAACAGCCUCAAAUGUGCAAUUCAUAGUGCCAUUUUUGAGUUUUUUGUAAGAUAAAAUGGCUGAAAGGUUAUUAAGUCCUGCAGUGUAAAUGUUAUCUCCUGUUCUCUGUCCUCCCAUCUAGUCUGUGUUCGUCCCUCUCAACUGUCACUUCACUUUCCCCGCCCCCUCCUUGCUGUUGAGUAAAAAUGUUCCUUAACAAUGACGUGUUAACAGUACAAUGAGAAAGCAAGGUUAAGGGAUUUUUUUUUUUGUGUACAAUCCAUCCAAUUGAAUCUUCUGUGUAUGUGUAAAUUAUGCUCGAGUCAAUGGAGGGGAUCUUGUUUUGUGUUGUAUUUACGGUGAUUUAUAUUUUCAACAUUGCAUACAUAUUUCAAAGUAUUACCUGCCAACUGUAUUGAAAAGUGAGAUGCUUGCAACAUAACAUAAACAAAGAAAAGGUGUGUUUGAAGCCUGAUGUGGCAUCGACUGAGUAGAACUUUUGAUAGUUUGUUGCAACUUUUGGGCUUUCAUUGCUUUGUCUUUACCUUUUUAUUAUUAUUUUUUAUUUUAUACAUUAUGGUUCCUUUUCCAGAUUGGAGGUACAAAAGAAAACAUGUGACAUCGUGCCAAUGCAUGUACAGCUGAUUAAAGAUUUUGUUUGUAUCAUUGGAAGAGAGUCAAACCUGCACAUAAACAAUUCUUUAUCAUUUUAAAU